AUGUCGCUCUCCUGCGCCUGCUCUGUGUUUGUGCAGGCGAUGCUCGUAGCGUGUCUAGCUCUGCCAUUAGAGCUGAGCGUCUCCGUUUGACUGGAGCUGCCCAUUGUCAUCGCUUUCGUGGGACACGGUGUAGUUUUCGGGGUGACAGAUCCCUCCGUUGAAAGCGAAGAAAGAAUGAAAACAGGAGACCCCUUUACUGGGCGGACAGCGCAGAAAAGCCACCUUAACAAAAGAUGUUGGACUUCUUCUGAGGUGAUGAGAGAAUGAUACAUCAUUGACACAUCAGAGCCCAGCGCCGCUUUUAAAAGUCAGAACAGGAAGUGAAGUGAAGAUCUAUAUCUAAAGUGCAGUCUAUUUUGACAUGAAGAAAGACUUUGAUACGAUAAUAGCAGAGGAACGCGCUGAGAUCAUCUCAAAAUAUGAUAAGGGCCGGGAUGAGGGCAUUGAAAUCGACCCCUGGGAAGAUCCGGACUACACGAUCUACAGGUUUACGGAUCGCUUCGGCUUCCUGCAUGAAGAGGAACUGCCGAGUCCCAGCGCACUUGAGGAGAAGCAAAAACACUUGGAAAUCGAAAGGGUGGAGAAAUGGCUGAAAAUGGUGAAGAAAUGGGACAAGUACAGGAACAGUGAACGGAUGUGGCGGAGGGUGUAUAAGGGGAUUCCCUUGCAUCUGCGGGGUCAGGCCUGGUCCUUACUGCUGGAUGUGGAGAAAGUGAAGAAUGACAACCCUGGCAAGUACGAGAAAAUGAAGGAACAGGCCAGGAACUUCUCCACCGAAAUCAAACAAAUCGAUCUUGACGUGAACCGGACCUUUCGGAACCAUAUCAUGUUCAAGGAUCGCUUUGGAGUCAAACAGCAGGCUCUGUUCCACGUCCUGUCGGCCUACUCUGUUUACAACACAGAAGUGAGUUACUGCCAGGGUAUGAGCCAGAUCGCCGCCAUCCUGCUGAUGUACAUGAACGAGGAGGACGCCUUCUGGGCCCUGUCGCAACUGCUGACCAAUCAGAAGCACGCCAUGCACGGGUUCUUCAUCCCCGGCUUCCCCAAACUUCACCGCUUUCAGGCCCACCAUGACAAGAUCCUCUCCAAACUCCUGCCCAAGCUGAAGAAGCACCUGGAAAAGGAGCAGAUGUUUACUGGGAUUUACACCACCAAAUGGUUCCUGCAGUGUUUCAUUGACAGGACACCAUUCACCCUGACCCUGCGCUUGUGGGAUAUUUACAUACUGGAAGGAGAGAAGAUUUUGACUGCCAUGGCGUACACAACGCUGAAACUGCACAGGAAGCACCUCCUGAAGAUGUGUCUGGAGGAUCUCAGAGAGUUCCUGCAGGAGACCAUCUCCAGAUCCUUCUUCCUGAGUGACGACAUGGUGGUGGAGCAGCUGCAGGUGUGCGUCUCCGAGCUGCGCAAGAUGAAGAUUGAGCCAGCCAAGCCGGAGGAGUUCCCGAAGCAGGCGCUGGGCCAGGAGAGGCCGGUGUUGCUGCUGCCGCUGAAGCCCCCGCAGGCCGCUAACGGAAAGAGUGAGGCCAUCGCCCCCGACAAGAGCCCCUCUCCGGCCGAACUGCCGGGCUUCCAGACCCCUCCUCCAGCCCUGCCUUCCCCCGACCCCUUGCUGGUGCACACCCAGGAGAAGCCCCAGCACCAGUCCCUGCCCCCUAGGUCUGAGGAGAUGGUGCCUCCCCCAGAGAUGGUGCCUCCCCCAGAAGGGGCGGGGCUAAAUCAGGUCAUCGCGGCAGCGCCCCUGGAGGACGGUGAGGAGUGGCCCCCUCCGUACGAGCCCCCGGAACCUGACGACAUGGGAGAGCCGACUUCAACUGAACUGGACCUGCCCGAGCUGGCCCCCCCUCCACCGGUCAGUGCGGAGGACUACACUCUGACACCACCAGGGGGCGACACGCCUUUCAGCCAGCGUCCGCCCAAACCUUGUGACUCCAACCUCGACCCCUCGACCCCCCACCGGGGCCUCCCCCCGACCCUGUCGGCCCCGUCCCCGACAGCCGACCGGAGGCCCUCCGACAUCUCCCAGUAUGACAACCUGUCCCAGGGCGAGGAGAACCGCUGCCUGGUCCCCGCCAUUCUGGAACCAUCCGCUAAUGCAAACAACCCCGCCGCGGCACCACCCUCAAGCUGCCUUAAACCAAAGCCCACGCCCCCUCCCCCCCCGCGCCGCCAGCUCCCGCAGGAGCCUCCGCAAGAAGUACCUCAGCCCCCGCCGCGUUUCUCUGACAAGCUCCCCCCCUUUCAGUCCCCCCCGCAGCCCCACAAACCCCCCGGGGAGACGGCCGCCGACCUUCACCCUCGGGCGGAGACCGAGAUUGGGGGCGGGACCCACCAGGCAUCACCCAAACGGGCACUAAUGCCGCCGAAGCCCACCUCCACCCCCAAACCCACGAGGGCGGUCCCCGCCGUCCACUCCGAUCCUGAUUUUUACCGGACACACCCCUCCAACCAACCGCUCCCCAAGUCUGUGACAUUUUAGCGUAUGGCCUGCCCAAUUUCUGACUGACCCACUGGCAGACCACCCUUUUUAGAAAAUAAGUUGUGUUAUAAACAAUGAUACAUGAUAUGACAGAAGUAACUGCUUUGACAGAUGUGUACAGAGUUCUUAACCUUUAUAUUGUAUUUUUCACCCCGAUAUUAUGGUUUUGGUGGUUUUACAAAUACUGAUCUGCUGAAGAUAGUUGAAUAAUAUUUAGCUUUGAUAAAAAUCCUGUUGAAGUCUUUCCAUUGUGACACUGAUCAGCAGUAGAAAGGGCUGCGGUCUGAGGUUUGUUUUGACAAAAGGGGCUGAGGAGACGUUUCACCACAUCGUGCAGUAAAACCAACGGGAAUAUGGGUAUGAGGUCACACUCAGCCCGUGGGCCCAUUGCAUUGUGGUGCUUACUUUUUCAUUUGCUGUAUCCGUCCCCGUUUCUGGGGUAAAACGUUUCUUAGCCCUUUGAAAACGUUUAUUUUUUAAUUUUUUUAAUUUUUUUACUUUUGACAUCUCAAGCCUGAUUUAUAAACAUUGUACGACCGUUAUGACGAAAAUGACGCAUUUUCAACAGAAAAAAGUGUAGCUCCUUUUCUCAGUGACACACACCUGUAGAACUUUAUUAUGUCGCUGACAGUCAUACUUUGUCGCACAGCUGAUUGGACAGCCAGACACAGCCUAAAGGUUCACCUAAAGGUUCACCUAUACACCAGCGUUCAGUCACUGCACACAGAAUACUCUUUGUAUUACCAGCAGUAGUGAUGAAACAGUAGGGUCUGGAGGCUGUGCUAACUUUUAAAGGGUUCCAUAGGAGACGGCAUCAAUAACUGGGGUCUACGUCAUUGUUUAAAGUCAGCGGGCUCAGGUCAUUCAAUGCAGUGCUCUCAUCAACAACCUCUCCUUGCACCUUGUCUGUAAUGAAUAUCGCUUUCUCCGUCUCUAUACUAAUGCAGGUUUCCCUCUGCUCCCUCUGAAAAACCUGGAAAAUAUUUUAAUCUUGAAAAUGUAUCAAAAUCCUGCUGCCCUUAAAUAUUUUUUCAAAUAUGUCAUCAUUUGUUAUAAACGGAGAGAUAAAUCGGUCUUUCUAACAUGCUAGCUGGAUUUCUUUCGUUAUCAAUGAAUUCUCAUUGCCUGAGCAUUCUGCUGUUGCUACAGUAAUCUUGCUCUGCGAGAACAUUGGCGAAUGAUGCCCUUUUCACAGAGAAGCUGAAGGUUGCUCUCUGAGUGGAGUAAUGUUUGUCACAGCGUUUACCAACUGAAUAAACCGUCUUCCAAGUAGCUCCGUUUCACUGUAACCCGACUCUUUGCGGUGUUAAAAAUAGCCAGUGUUUACUGCAUGUUUAUCCUUCUGGCCUUGGUGAAAAUGAAUUGUAAAUAUAAUGGUGAUUUGAGUUAGCCCUGUGCUUACUCUUCGCUGAGCAGCGGUGCUCGGGAUGACCAAAACUAGGAGGGAAUACCCAAAGAUCUCAAACGAAAAUCAACUGCCAUUUCCAAAAGGCAGGACCGUUUUCACAGCUUUAUUUUUGGUAAUUUGUUUCUCUUGCGAAAAGCCACAGCUCUGUGGUUUUCGUGCAAUGUUUUGCUUGGAUAGAAAAUGCAAUAAUGUAGAUAUUGUGUAAAGUUUGAAGUGAACUGUAUAUAAAAAAACAAGCUGUUAACCUCCACCCUGAAAUCAGGCAUUUAUUUUAAACCAUAUAUGUCGUUAACUCCACCAAGUGAGUUUAAUUGCCUUUAUUAACAGAAAAACGGCCAAAUACUGGUUGUGUUAACAGCCGCAAGCAAUGCCUUCCCUUCGUGCCCACGUCAAUAGCUCCACCCGGUGGAGAGAUUGUGUUUCCCACUUGUUUUGAAAAAAGUUUUUUUUUUUUUUUUAAAUAUGCUUCCUUUGGUAACAAAGUGUGCUGUUCUUGCCAAAGUUUUGUUUUCAGGCAAACCUAUGUGUGUCUUAAGUCAUAAGUUUCCCCCCCCACACUAGCUUUGAGUAAUUACUUGUCAGUAGCUACAGUGCUCAGGAAAGCGCCUUAUAUUUUAUGACGGGUUUAAAUAAAGAAUAGCCUGGUUCUGUAAGGAAUUGCACAGAGUAUGGAGAGCAAAUGGAGCAUUUUUUCACAGCUUUCAAAUGUAAAUUACUGCUUGAAUAAGUUAUACACAGUAUGUAUUUCAUUUUUGUCUUUUGUCAUUUUUGCACAUUGUUUGUAUUACAAGCGAAAAAAAAAGAAACGAA